AUGGCGGAGAAGAUCUUGAUGGGCGAGUACAAGGCCUUGUCUAAGGAGGGAUGGACAAACAUCGAGCUUAUUGACGACAAUGUCUUCGAAUGGAGCGUCGCUCUGAUCGUCUUGAAUGAGGAGUCGCCAUACAGCGGCGGCUACUUCAAAGCCCGAAUGACGUUCCCCAAAAACUACCCUUUCAGCCCCCCAGACUUCAAGUUCACCCGCCCCAUCUUCCACCCCAACGUCUACCCCGACGGCCGGCUCUGCAUCUCCAUCCUCCACCCCCCUGGCGACGACGAGAUGUCCGGCGAACUAGCCUCGGAACGCUGGUCCCCCGCGCAGCGCGUCGAGUCGGUCCUCAUCUCCAUCCUCUCGCUGCUCGACGACGCCGAGGUGUCCUCGCCCGCCAACGUCGACGCCGCGGUGCUGUGGCGGAAGAACAAGGGCACGUUCGACGAGCGGGCGCGCAAGGACGUCGCGGAGAGCAAGAAGGAUCUUCCGGUUGGGUUCGUCAUGCCGACGCAGAAGGACGCGUUCAAGACGGUGAAGGAGGACGAUUUCAAUAUGGAUGUGUGGGGCGACUCGGAUGCGGAGGUGGAGGAUUUCGGGGGGAGUGAGAGUGAUUUUGACAUGGAUGAUAUGGAUGAUGAUGAUGAUGAUGACGACGAUGAUGAUGAUGCGUUGGAUUCGGGCAGCGCCGAGGAAGACGAGGAAGACGAGAAAUAA